CGGAAGCGCUCUGUUGUUGUUGUUGAUGUUGAUGUGGCCCAUUGCGGAUGCGAAUCAUGGUGUAAAGUGCUCAUGAUUAAAACCAUCAGAGAUCGUUAAAUUCACCGCGGAGACACGGACAGACGGAGCGCCGGCAGCAUGUUUAAGGGCUGGAGCUCAUGGCUGGGCGCAGAGUCCGAGAAUGAAGAGAAAACGGACAAACAGGAGAAAAACAUCAACACAGAGACCGAAGAAACACAACACAUCCUAGAGCAGGCCAAAGGACUCAGCGGCUUCAUUCUGAACUUUGCAAGUAGCGCCAGUAAGAAGAUCUCAGAUUCUGUGGCGGAGACGGCACAAACUAUCAAGAAAACGGUGGAGGAGAGCAACAUCGACGGCAUCAUCGACAAGACCAUUUUGGGAGAUUUUCAGAAGGAGCAAGAAAAAUUUGUCCAAGAGAAAAAUGCAAGGAAAACAGACGCCGCGGUGCCGCCCUGGGUCGGAUACAACGAGGAGGAAACCAUUCAACAGCAGAUGCUCGCUUUAUCCGCUGACAAGAGGAACUUCCUGCGCGACCCUCCGGCCGGAGUACAGUUCCAGUUCGACUUUGAUCAGAUGUACCCCGUGGCUCUGGUGAUGUUACAGGAAGACGAACUGCUCAACAGGAUGCGCUUUGACCUCGUCCCCAAACAGGUGAAGGAGGACGUGUUCUGGAGGAAUUAUUUCUACCGCGUGUCUCUGAUCAAGCAGUCGGCUCAGCUCACGGCUCUCGCGGCUCACCAACAGGCGGCAGAAAAGAGAGAAGAGGAGAAGAACGCAGCGCCGCCGCUGAACGAGAACAUCUCAGAAACCAUCAGACCGAAAACUCCGCCUGUGGCCAUCAGUGCUAAAGCUAAGAGCAAUGAGGAGGAGGAGGACAUCUCCACCAGCCCCGGCGUGUCUGAGUUCGUGAGCGACGCGUUUGACGCCUGUGACAUAAACCAGGAGGAUCUGAGGAAAGAGAUGGAGCAGCUGGUGCUGGAUAAGAAAGACGAAGAGACGGCCGACUGGGAGAAGGAGCUGCAGCAGGAGCUUCAGGAGUACGAGGUAGUCGUCGACCCAGAAAAUCGCGACGAUAACUGGGACCGUGAGAUUGAGGAGAUGCUGCAGGACGACAGCUAAAGCGUGACAGCGCCUCCUCUGGUGUGGAGGACACACUGCUGCGCUCAAAUGAAGAAAUCAGCAGGACGUUUCUACUAUUUCGUCAAUCUGACUGGACUGAAAUAUCAGGAUUUCCUAUAAGAAUGUUUAAUAAAUGUGAUGUUUAGCAAUAGAGGGAUUCGGUGAGGUGCCAACAUGCACAGAACUAAGAUCGUAAUUAGUGAGAACACAUAAAUCAGAUGUAGUUUGCUGAUUUAUCUUUUAUUUCUGACUAAUUUCUGCCAUGAAGACCUUCUUCUUUCAGAGGUGUACAAGCAAACCAAAGCUCAAAAAGCUGAACGGUUGUAGUGCUCAAACACUAUAAGCACACAUAUCGAGUCCAUAAACACUUUAGCAUUGCGUUUUAAUGGCUUCUCAUUCCUUUAUUUGUUUUUGAUUGUUGAUUCGAUAUUUGUAUUCUGAUCAUCUCUGGCAGGUUUUGGUGAAGUUAUUGUUUGGUUUCUCUGGAACAUCUGAAAUAAAAUUGAAUUCCGUACCUGUUUAUUCAUACUAUAUAACCAUAUAUUUGUAAGGUGAGAGGUUUAAUAUAACUUUUUGUUUGUUUUUUGUUGUUUUUCAACUUGCACCUUGUCUUAUUACUUUGAAGAUAAAUAAUCAUGAUUUUGCUGCAAUAAAGUCUAAAAUUCUCUCUUU